GCUAAGCGUUUAGUGACGUGGUAAGUGCGAAACGAACUGCUCUAUAAAAAUUAAUAGGUAUCUGACUUAUAAAUGGCGCUUAAGUGUGACACAUAGAAUUUUAGUAUCCUGAACUAGAUCGCUAGUAGAUAUUUGGAAACUUUCAGCUCCUGCAUUGGAUGCUCUCCUGUUACUAGAAUUGAACCAAUUUUUCUUUUGCACCUCGGUAUCGCAAAUGACGACGAAGCUCGCAUUUUUCGGCGACAACGAUUUUAAACGAUGUUGAGAGCAACUGCUUUGAAAUGGAGAUCAAAAAUUAAUUUUUAUAUUUUUUUGUAAAUCUAGAUAAAUAAUUUAUCGUUCACUUUUAAAGACAGCCGAAAAUGCUGUGUGAUUUUGUAUGCAAUAUGACAGCGUUGUUUGCAAGUGCCAGCAUGAAGACGUCAAAAUCUGCCAGCAAGAUUGCCGAAACAGGCAGCAUAAAAUUACAUUUUAAACGACUUUCAAGCAACAAUAUUAUCAGCAAAAGAGUGGAAAAGUGUUUAAAAUUUUAUUUUGUGAUGUGAAAUUAUUGCACAAAAUUCACUAAACUAUCGAAUUUGCUAAUUCUCAGCAUACAGUACAUCCGCGGAAUGGGCCCGUUUCAUUGCACCUUGCAUUACAUGCGCGUUACCUGUUUUGAAGCUGGGAAAACCCAAUCAAUCGAUGAACAGCGCUUACCCGUUUGCUUGAUUAAUAUGCGCAGAGCGUUAGUUGUCCAAUUCCAAAUAAUAAUUCAACCUUCGUUCAGAAGUGUUAGCUGCUUCAGUUCAGUUCAGACCGUUGUUAUUUAGCAAAAUUUCCAUGCUGCUGUUGCACACAAAUACACGCUACACGUCAUGCGAUUCCGCGAACCGCACUUUCGAUCUGCGCGAGCGGAUUUGUCUUGCGCGUACACACAGCAUCCACGAUCUACGCGUCUCGUUUUCGCUUGCGCUCGGCGCGCUUAGGCUUACCGUGGCAAGCACGUGCUUUUGAGCGCGAAUGAAUCACGAAUUUUAUGAAUGAAACGCGUACUACGGCGGUGAUGGCCAGCGCGUCUUCGGGACGCCACCGGUUGGUUUGUACCAGAGUGGGCGCUAACGGAAAUCUUUACCGCACGUCACUCUUGUUUCGAUCGUUCGCUGAUCAACAUCGUGCAGUUAGAAGAUCGCUGUUGAUUGUAAACCUGCGGCCGGGUAUUGGUGGUAAAGUGCAUUAAUUACAGUGUGCUAUCAGUGUAGAGUGUAGCUUUAAAUGUUCCCUAAAACGUGUGCGAAGGUGUUGUGCAAUUUUCCCAAAAGCAAAUGGAAUGUGAAGCGUGUGACAAAGAAAAAUGCAACGAGAUGAGGACGACCUCUGCACAGAACGUGGCCAAGUGCGUGAUUCAUCGACGGACAGUGAAGACGGCGAGGACAGUGAGCAAACUUACGUACCGAAUAAUCCGCACCAGUGGAAUGCAGAGCACGUGACGGCGUGGAUUUCGUGGGUUUCGAAAAAUUUUGAUAUUUACCCACCGCUCGAACCGGCCCGAUUUCCACCGACCGGUCAAGAAAUUGCCCAGUUUACGAAAGCAGAUUUUUGGGUGUGUGCCGGUAGUGCCGCCGGUGGAAAUACGCUGGCGAAACAUUUCGCUCAUCUCAUCCACACCGGCACCGGGGAUGGGAACGUUGGACAGAAGCUAGCCAGCGACAUUGAUCCAGAACCAUAUCAAUUGCUUAAUGCAGCAUCACACAGACUAGUAUCUCAAGGUGGUCAAAUACAGCUGUGGCAGUUUCUUUUGGAACUGUUGGCCGAUUCAUCGAAUGCACCUUGUAUUUCUUGGGAAGGAACUAAUGGAGAAUUUAAAUUAUCCGAUCCGGAUGAAGUUGCCCGCCGUUGGGGAGAACGUAAGGCGAAGCCAAACAUGAACUACGAUAAGCUUAGCAGAGCUUUAAGAUAUUACUACGAUAAAAAUAUUAUGACAAAAGUGCAGGGUAAGCGGUAUACGUACAAGUUCGAUUUUCACGGUUUGAUGGCCGCAUGUCAGGCGCAAGCACAGCUCACUGAUACCGGUACGAAUGGUGCGAACAUACUUUCCGGUUGCGGUUCCUACGGAUCGAGUCCGGCCUCUACUACGUCCUCGAUGAAAUCGCCCACCAAUUCCAGCCCGACGCAGCCCCAUUACGCCACUGCUGUUUGCCAUUCGGCGGCCGUGGUUAGUACACCGACGGCAACGAAAAGCACCAUCACCACCAGUGGUACCACUCUGUCGAACAGCUGGUUGCCUUACAGUGCCACGUACUCGAAUCUGCUCGUUCCCACAACCUACCCCACAAGUACUUCUACUGCUGCUACCUCAUCCGCAACCUCAAGUGCGUCAACGGUACAUUCGAAUUCGAACUCGGUUCUUCCCACUGCGUCACUCUCCGCAUCCAGCUCGCCCGAUACUAUCAGCUUCGCGGAUGCGGUGUCCUCGCAUCUUCGCUAGCACGGCGUCAAAUCUAGCGCAACAUAUGAAGGUCCUCUAUAGAAGCUAUACGAUGAUAUUACCGAUAAUACGACUAGAAUUGUAAUGCAUAAGUAUAAAUACGUUUCUAAACAUACGCAGGCAGUUGUUGUUUUUUUCUCUUUUGUUUACAAAAAAAAUAAUACGUUUUUCGGCAUUACGUCAUAAUCGUGCGAUUCCCUGUUUCCACCCCUCCAAUAUUUCAUCCAAUUCCGAAUUGCAGCAUUGUUUUCGAACUGGUUCCAGUGCUAUUAACACCUUCCGGGCAGUGAGUUUGCAAAAAAGCAAAAGGGAUCGCAACCCUCCGUACGCGAGCAACCCCUGUUUUCCGAAACAUCAAAGCAGGCGUGUUGUGACGGGCGAGCUAAUCAAAUCGGUUCCAGUCAACACGUUCCACGAGGAUAUAGCACGCGGCUAAAUGGCCCUAAAUAGCAUCCCCAUCCCUCACCCCACCCCCUCGUUUGGUACCCUUUUUUUGCUGUUUUCUCAUGAUCGAAGUGAUAAAGGUCACUACCAUUACAGUUAAACCACGCUACGGAUGUUUGCGAUCGACGGCGAUCGUGCGUUCCACACAAUCGUGCACAACAAGAAGCGCAUUCUCUCCCUUUGGACGAUUGUUUGUUUGUUUGCCCGUCUGUCUGCUUGUGUGUCUCUUUUCUUGCAAAAACCACUUCCAAAUCGACCCUUUUGUUCGACACAGUACGGUACUUCUGUUCCACCAUGAAUCCACAAGAUCCGUAAAUCAAUUACUUUGUACCGGGUGCAAUGUUGGAAAUGUUGCCGAAUGCUUUCACUCACAUGCCGUGCAAUCCCACGGGCAGGCGGACGGUAAGUGGGCAUCUAAUUGUUGCUAAGCAGCCCAUUCUAAGGAUCCCGAUUGUAGUAACCGGGCACGGUCUUCAAAUCUGCCACUCAACUCCGACCGGCACGGAACGAAAACGAAACCCCAAGCCAAGCGCAAAUGGAUGGAAAUGGGAAUCGGUUGUGGGUCAGCGAUAUGCU